UCCACAAAGCAGUAGCAGGUAAAGAGCUGCCGUCUCUCGGUGAGUUGUUGUAAAUGCAACUACCAAUCGUAAAUUAUUCCGAUGCGAUCAUAUGCAAACCCUCACAUUCACUAUGUUCCACAUUACUUGGAUCUAGACUUGGAGUUUAGAAGGAAACGUGGGAGAACAAACGGAAAACUCAACUGUCAGCUGUGCGAGAAAGCCGACCUCACAGCCCGGCUUCCGGGGAUUCAGGGGCCGCUUCGUAACUUGACGGCAGAGACUUCGGUCGGUAGUUCAGGAGAAAAGUGUGACAGACUUCCAACUCUUAAAUUCAGCACCUUUCGUCAUGUCAAGAAAGCUACAACGGACAGAAGUCUGCGCCGAUUGCAGUGCGCCAGAUCCGGGCUGGACCAGUAUCAACCGAGGGGUCCUGAUCUGUGAUGAGUGCUGUUCAGUCCACCGCAGCUUAGGCCGGCACAUCUCCAUAGUCAAGCACCUGAGGCACAGUGGUUGGCCUCCCGCGCUACUGCAGAUGGUUCAGACAUUGGCCAGUAAUGGAGCCAACUCUAUAUGGGAACACAGUCUCCUGGAUCCAGCUCAGGUGCAGAGCGGUCGUAGAAAACCCAAUCCCCAGGACAAAGUCCAUCCCACUAAGUCAGAGUUUAUUAGAGCCAAAUAUCAGAUGCUGGCCUUUGUGCACAAGUUGCCCUGCCGCGAUGAUGAUGGUGUCACAACCAAGGACCUCAGCAAGCAACUCCACUCAAGUGUUCGGACGGGAAGUUUAGAGACAUGUCUGCGGCUGCUGUCCCUUGGCGCUCAGGCCAACUUCUUCCAUCCGGAGAAAGGCACAACUCCGCUCCAUGUAGCAGCCAAGGCAGGUCAGAUUCUACAGGCCGAGCUGCUUGUGGUGUAUGGCGCCGAUCCUGGAGCCCCAGACGUAAACGGGCGCACGCCAAUAGACUACGCUAGACAGGCAGGCCAUAUAGAGUUAGCAGAGCGACUGGUGGAGUGUCAGUAUGAGCUGACAGACAGACUAGCCUUCUACCUGUGCGGUCGACGCCCAGAUCACAAGAAUGGUCAUUACAUCAUUCCACAAAUGGCAGACAGAGCUCGUCCUAAGUGCCCGACUCAGAGUUUGGAUCUCUCAGAACUGGCAAAGGCCGCCAAAAAGAAGCUCCAAGCGCUGAACAACCGUCUGUUUGAGGAGCUAGCGAUGGACGUCUAUGAUGAGGUGGAUCGCAGAGAGAAUGAUGCAGUGUGGCUGACAACCCAGAACCACAGCACCCUGGUAACAGAACGCAGCGCAGUGCCUUUCCUACCAGUCAAUCCCGAAUACUCUGCCACACGUAACCAGGGACGACAGAAGCUGGCGCGUUUCAAUGCACGGGAGUUUGCCACACUCAUCAUCGACAUUUUGAGUGAUGCCAAAAGGAGGCAGCAGGGAAAAGGUCUCAGCAGCCCUACUGACCCAUUGGACCUGGGCAUAGAUGAUGACCAACACGAUUAUGACAGUGUGGCAUCCGACGAAGACACAGACAGUGAGCUGACUACUCAGAACAACAACAGCACACAGCGUAGCAACCGUGCAAAGAGUAUGGACUCAUCAGACUUGUCAGAUGGCCCCAUUACCCUGCAGGAGUACCUGGAGGUGAAGAAAGCGCUUGCCUCCUCAGAAGCCAAAGUUCAACAGCUGAUGAAGGUCAACAACAAUCUGAGUGAAGAGUUGCGACGGCUCCAGAAGGAGAUCACACGGAUGCAGACAGAGAACAGUGCACUGCGAGGAGGCCAGCAGGCUGGAGGGGCUGUCGGCCACGGGGUCGGGGGGCCUGGUGGAGGAGCAGGGGGAGGAGGCCAUAGGCCAGUGGGCGGGGCGAGAGGAGGAAUUGCAGUAGGGGGAAGUCUGAGUGGGUUUGGGCAAGGCUCAGAGUCCCCUGGAUUCUCAGUGCCCUCAAGUGCCCCCCAUUCACAUCGUAGGGACCGCCAAGCAUUUUCAAUGUAUGAGCCAGGGGCAGCUCCCGGCCCAACAGCCCAUGGUCCCCCAGCCCUGGACUCCUUGGCAGCCCGCCUGCAGCCCCUCAACACACCCAGUGUAAGGAAGGGUGGUACGGGGGGUGCAGCACUAUAUGGGGGCCAACAUCUCUCUGGAUCCACAGAGAUGGGCAGGUACAUGGUCCCUAAAGCAGAGAAGCAUGGCAGCGGCACAGACAGUGACUACGACAACACACAAACAUACGACAUCUCACAAAGUAUGGGCCGCAGCAGUGAGGAGGAAGGCCGCGGGGAAUCUGAAGAGGGGGGAGGCGGGGGUGGUGGGGAGGCGGGGGAGCCGGACCCUACCUUGCCCUGUACAGAGGAUGUAAUAUUAAAAACUGAACAGGUGACCAAGAACAUCCAGGAACUUCUCAGGGCAGCUCAGGAGUUCAAACAUGACAGCUUUGUUCCAUGUUCUGAGAAGAUCCACUCGGCUGUCACUGAGAUGGCUUCACUCUUCCCAAAACGCCCGGCCCUGGAUGCAGUCCAUUGCUCACUCCGCUUGCUGGCUUCCAGCGCCUCACGGCUGCAGGUGGAGUGCCAUAAGGCGGCGCCAUCAGACCCUGGAGCUCCUGCAGUGGACUACCAACUCCUCACACAGCAGGUCAUCCAGUGCGCCUAUGACAUUGCCAAGGCUGCCAAACAGCUAGUCACCAUAACCACUCGUGAGAAGAAACAGUGACCUAUGGAUGGGCAGAGCGGGAAGAGGGAGGGAGGCGGGUUCUGUACAUGGAGGGGCUCUGAGGCCAGGGUGGAAGAGAGGAACACAUCACAGUUGUGGACGGGAGGAUGAGGGAGGGGGGAGUGACAAGAGAAUGAUGGGCAGAUCAGGAGAGGAAGACAAAGGAAGUUGGAUAGGAAUCAGAUGAAGUUAAGGAUUACUGAUUGUUCGCAACAUGACAGAUGGAAUGGUGUCAGACUGGAAAGUGAUUCCGUGAGGUGAAAGUUGGGAAGGACGAGUGGAACCUCGGAGCGGCAAAGUCGGCAUCAGGUGUGUGCCAUGUGCACGGAGGUGACAGUGUCCAGCCAAACAGAUCCUGCGAUAUUCUUACCGCUUUAUUUAUUCUCGCUGUCCCUCCACCUCCCGCCUGUCCACAUCCAGCACUGUCCUUGAGGAGUCAGACUCUUCCUCCUUCCCUCUGUGCCCCUCCCUUUGCUCCUCUCUCUGACCCCAUCUUGUCUCGCUGCAGACAGGAUGAGUUCCUGGUGCCGAGGAAGACCCACAGGAGCACCUGCCCCCCUUCACCUUCAGCCCGUCAGUCCCACUUGGUACACGGCAUGAUCUGGCAUGUUUUCAUUUCUUUCUCUUCUUUGAUUUUUACUUAUUUUUUUAAUAAGCAGGUCAAUUUGAUCUGCACCUCUGAAGACAAAAAUGACUGACUUACAAAAAAGCAAAACACUUACACUGGAAUAAUUGUGAUUUAUUGUUUUGUCAUGCUUAUUGUUUUUGUAUGGAUAUUUUUACUGACGUCUUGAUUUAACUGUUAGUUUAUUUUAUUGUCUCGAUUGCGUUCCGUUGUGUUGAACGGGGAGAUUGUGGGGGUGUGAGUUCAGCCACUUACUGGGAUCUGAAUACAAAUUUAAACACGA